AUGCGGCAAGGUUUCAAACAUCGGGACAGGUCAAAUUUUUGUGGAUUCCACCGAGGUCAUGGCCAUUACACCUCAAAUUGCUACGAUUUGAAGCAACAAAUUGAAGGGCUAAUUCGACAAGGCUACUUCAAGAAGUAUGUAGGCAAAAGGAACCUAAAUGAUAGCUCAAAGCCCUCAAGUAGCAAAAAUGAAGAGAAAAGGGAGAGGUCGAGGAUCCCCCCCAAGAGUGAAGACCAACCUCCUAUGAUCAACAGGAUCCACGGAGAACCCAGUGAUGGCCAGUCAGGCCGUAAACGCAAAGAACUAGCCCUGAAGGCUAGACAUGAGGUGUGCUCAGUCCAACCAAAGCCAGAAGCCAGCUCGAUAACACUAUCGGAUGCCGACUUGCAAGGCGUCCACCUACCUCAUAAUGACGCGCUGGUGAUUGCCUUCCAAAUCAACCACAUCAUAGUACAUCGAGUUCUUAUAGAUGGUGGAGCAUCUGCUAACAUUCUUACUCUAUCAACCUACAAGGCAUUAAGAUGGGGACGAGCUCAGUUGAAGAAAAGUCCAACACCUUUGGUUGGAUUCUCCGGAGAAUGUGUGACUCUUGAUGAUUGCAUUGAGCUCCCCAUCUCGCUCGGUGAAGGAGAAACUCAAGUGACCUGGGUGGUUGAGUUCGUGGUGAUCGACGGCCGAUCAGCAUACAACGCCAUUUUUGGCCAACCUAUUUUACACGCUCUAAAGAAUAAUUUUUGGUCAGCAGGUGCUUUCACCUUUGCUAACUAUGCUCUAGCAAACCAAACAUACUGA